AUGGUCAUUAGAAGCACCAGCUCGCCAUUGACGCCCGAGCUCGAUGUCUUGGUACAGCAGCAAAUGGACAAAUGGAAAGUCCCCGGACUGACCAUGGCGAUAGUCCACGGCUCCAGCACCUGGUCAAAGGCAUACGGCAUGGCCGAAUUCCCUGAUCGGAAAAUGACCACCGAUACUCUGUUCUCAACAUGUAGCACCACCAAGGCUUUCACCGCCGCUGCUGUCUCUCUCGCAAUCCAUGAUAGCAAAAACACUGAGUCUCCUCUUCGCUGGGACACACCACUUGCAUCCAUUAUCCGCGAUGACUUUGUGCUAGGGAACGACUAUAGUACAAAUCAUACAACGAUAGAAGAUGCUCUCUCACACCGGUCAGGACUACCCACCUACGAUGCAUGCCUUAGUCUCGCACAUCCAAAUCGACCUUUGCGCGAGGCAGUCCGAUAUUUGAGACAUCUACCUAUGAAAUAUUCACCCCGCAGCACUUUUUCAUAUAAUAACCACAUGUACAUGACAGUCUCGCAUGCCCUGGAACAAAUUGAAGGCCGACCUUUCGGCGAAAUCGUCAAAACACGCAUUUUAGAGCCCUUGGGAAUGAACGAUACACACUUCUCCGUCCAGGAAGUCUCCAAGAACCCAACUCUCAGUCGUCGAUUGGCAAAAGGUUACACCUGGGACGUAGGUUCAGACACCUACGUCGCAGAACCGUACAUGACCGAUGAAGCCGUGACAGGCGCCGGAGCCAUGGUCAGCAAUGUCCACGAGUACACCAAAUGGCUCCGAACAAUGAUCUACCAAACAGGACCGAUCUCACCAGAAGGCCAUGCAGCACUCAUCCAACCACGAACCGUAAUCACAGACAUGAGCGACCUCGUCGCACCCCCAGCACCACACCAGCUCUAUGCCCUGGGGUGGUUUAUACACAGUUAUCGCGGCGAGCCACUGUACUGGCACAGCGGAAGCUUGGCGGGAUUUGGUAUAAUGGUCGGCUUCCUCCCAAGUAAGAGAUUCGGAUUCGCAAUGAUGAGCAACACAGUGAAUGGGCGACACGCAGAGGUGGAGAUAUUCCUGCACCUCCUCGACCAGAUAUCCGGCGGACCAGCGAUUCCUCGCACAAUAGGCCGGAGCCACGUAGCCGAGUCACAGAGUAAAGCCAUACCUAAGGCCCAGACUAUGAGCGAAGCGAUGAAACGCUUCUAUCCAUGCCUGCCUAAUCCGCCCAUCCCUCAUUCUCUCCCAUUACACCAAUAUGUGGGGCGAUACGAGCAUCCGGGCUUUGGAUCUAUCACGCUUGACAUAGAGAAAGGGCACCUGGGUGCCAAUUUGCUCGACCGUGUUACAGCAGGGAUUAUGUCCUUCCACCAUGCCAGUGGGGAAUUCUUCGUGGGGUACUUCUUCCAGCCAAAGUCCAUUGGAAUGUUUAGUGGGUAUUACAAGGCGGAAUUUACCAUUGAUUCCUGUGGGGUUCCUACAGCCAUGGGAUUGGACCUAGAGCCGGCUUUGGGCGAGGAGAAGAUUUGGUUUCAGCGCAAGUGA